GCUCUGAAGAGAUGAUUUUAGAUGUUACCCACGUCUGAAUCUCCUGGAAACUUUACCCUGAAAGCAAGCCAUUGCGCACAGUCCUGGAGCUAAUAUCCAAAAGAGGCAAGGAAGGGGCAGCAAGGCUGAACAAUGGGAUACCUUGUCCUUGGAUUUUUCAUAGAAAAGCCAGCAAGUAUUCCCCUCGGCUUCCCAGUGAAAAGGGCAUGAACGCAACAAUGGACUGAAUUUCACCCAGCAGAGCUUCAGCGGCUUUUAAGGAUGGGAUACACUGACCCUUCAUCAAGCAGAGAUUUGCUGGGAAACAGAACUUUGUUCUUUAUAUUCAUCUGCGCUUUCGCCGUGGUUACCUUGCUGCAGCAGAUCCUCUAUGGGAGAAACUAUCUCAAAAGAGGGCUGCAGUUUAGCUGGCAGAAUGGAGAGGAAUUGGCAAAUUGGACCAGCACCAUUAAUUUCACCGAUGACGGAGCAGUGAAGAGUGGCAGUGGCACAGGCACCAGGUAUUUUGAGUUUUAUGAAGGACCUUUGGAAUACAACUCCACAAAAUGCCUAGAAUUACGGCAGGAUAUCAUUGCAGUGAAGGUUUUGUCUAUGGUGAAACAAACUGAACUGUUUGACAGGUGGAAGAGCCUACAGAUGUGCAAAUGGGAGAUGAAUGUCACAGAAGCUAACUUAUUCAAGUCUACUUUGUCAAGAUGUUGUAAUGCCCCUGCCUUUCUGUUCACUACCCAGAAAAAUACUCCCUUGGGGACUAAGCUGAAGUAUGAAGUGGAUACUAGUGGAAUCUUCCAUAUCAACCAAGAAAUCUUCAAAAUGUUUCCAAAGGAUAUGCCGUACCACCGCUCCCAGUUUAAGAAAUGUGCAGUGGUUGGGAACGGAGGAAUUUUGAAGAACAGCAGAUGUGGCCGGGAGAUUGACAGUGCAGACUUUGUGUUUCGGUGCAAUUUGCCUCCUAUAUCUGAGAAAUACAUUACGGACGUGGGGGUAAAGACGGAUGUUGUGACUGUCAAUCCCAGUAUUAUUACUGAAAGAUUCCAUAAACUGGAGAAGUGGAGGAAACCCUUCUAUGAUGUGCUCCAGGUCUAUGAAAAUGCUUCUGUGUUGUUGCCGGCUUUCUACAAUACUCGCAACACAGAUGUCUCAAUCCGGGUCAAGUAUGUCCUGGAUGAUUUUGAAUCUCAGCAAGCUGUUUACUACUUUCAUCCUCAGUAUCUCAUCAAUGUCUCACGCUACUGGCUUGGUCUAGGGGUGCGGGCCAAGCGGAUUAGCACAGGACUGAUCCUGGUGACUGCUGCUCUGGAGCUCUGUGAAGAGGUCCACCUUUUUGGCUUUUGGGCCUUCCCUAUGAACCCCUCAGGGAUUUUUAUAACUCACCACUAUUAUGACAAUGUCAAACCUCGCCCUGGUUUUCAUGCGAUGCCCUCAGAAAUUUUCAACUUUCUCCACAUGCACAGCAAGGGGAUCCUGCGGGUUCAUACAGGGACCUGUAGUUGCUGUUGACAAGGACAGUUCUUCCUCUGACACAAAAGUGCAAAGGGAACUCAAUGCCUGUGUACAAUGUGAGAGGUUUUAUUACACCCUGAA